CCCUAUCGGACAUCCAUUCCGAAAGGGUACAAAACAAAUCCAUUCCCUCUGAGCUUUACGAAUCACGAUGCGGGGUUCCCGAACGCUCACCUUUUCUGAUUCCUCCCCAAACGAUAUCCCAGUGUUAGAUUCAGAAUUCCUGUUUCAUUGAUCCAACUUUUUUUUUUUUUUUUCCUUUCCUUCCGGAGGAAGUUUACUCGAUACUUAAUAACGACGACGAAAACGUAUAAUUCUUCCAAUCUCCUUCGUUAACUCAUUUGUCAGUUCUUGCUGGGUACAGGAUUUGUCACUGCCCUGUAUUUGCUGCUCUUUAUUGACCGAAUAUUACGAUUUGAGGAAGAGAUAUUAGUUGACACUGGAAACUGCAGUCCUUAAGAUAAAGAUUUGCCUUAUUUAUGGGGAAGGGAUGGCUUGAUUAGACAAUUCUUUCUCAUCAGCACUUUUGCCUAAGGAGCCAAAUUUCAAGAAUCCAUUGAUUUUAUUCAAACGUAGCGGUGCCGGUGCAUUGUGUCUGGCCAAAAAGGAAUUACCUGAUAAUCUCUCUUGUUAGAAUCCUUAAUCAUGAUUUAUAAUGUUGCCUUUCCUUGUAAUUACCCCCUAAGUUUCUUAAACUUUUCCUUCAGGAUUUUGGGAUCAGAAACAUAGAUUUCUACUGCUUAUUGCAUGAUUCUUUAACAGUAACAUACUCUGAAAGGGAAUGGGGUCUUCGUCAAUAUCUUGGGUUUAAUGUAGUGGACGUAAUAAUAGACUAGUCUCUAUUAGACAGAGAAGAUGUUCUGGAGCACUUAUCAGAUUGUUGAUCCGCUGUAAUGGUCGUCCAAACACAAGCUUCCGUAUACCAGAAGAGUUCUUGUGCUCCAAGCGGAAAAUGUUUACAAGAUUCUGAGUGAUUUUGUCUUUCGUCUGAGCCGUUCUGUAUUUCUAGUGGUUUUCUGCUUUUUUCAGUAAAUGAUAUUUUUCACCAGUUAUUAUGCCUUUGCUUACCAUGGAAUUUUUGAGAUUUUUAAAAUAAAUUCUUUCUGAAGUUAGCUUACCUUUAAAGUAGUUUCUAUCCUUUUGCCUCAGAAUUUUACCGUGCAUCAAUUUGUUUACUUUUUCGCAUUUCAUCUUAGGUGGAGAAAUUGACCAAAAGAAUAAAUCUGUUUUGUGUAAUCAUUUCCUAAGUUUGAGGCUGCCAUAUCAAGGAUUUGUCUGUUCUCAACAAAAUUAAAGACGAAAACGUCUUUAGUAGAAGGAACAUUGAAUUUAGUGAUCCGGAAAGGUUAACUCCAUGAUGCAUGAAUUGGAGAACAACUAAUGACGCAAGAACAAUUUCUGUGGUGUCUGUCACAACUACAUGUGUGUUUCUCAUUGGACUCAAAAUAACAUUUUCAGCUCAAAUGAUAUUUGUACACCUGAAACCAAUUAAAAUCUUGUUCCAUUAAGCCAGGACAUCAGAAACCAGAUUUUGAGUUUGCUGGAGUAGAAGAAAUAAGUAGAUUUUCUGUUUUUUGUUUACUCAGCCAGUAUGCGAUUACAUAAACUCACUCACGAAACAGAUUGGCAGAGCUAUAUAAGAGUGAUGGACAUGUUCUAAUUACUGCUUUCCUCUGGACCUCCGAGCCAACUGCCACAUGAAUAAUAUAAGGGAGGUUUUCCAACAGUUCCUUGAAGAAGAUGGAAGUUUCCAGACCUCUGAAAUCUGAUUGUAGAUUAAAGCACCGUUCUCUGACCCCUAUUAGGAUUUUAAGGGGUUUGUUAUGUUUAGUGGUGUUUAUUUCUACAGCGUUUAUGUUUUUAGCCUAUUUUACACCUGUGGCGGCUGUCUUAAUGCGGCUUUUCAGUAUGCGUUCUAGUAGGAAGGCCGUUUCAUUCCUCUUUGGACUUUGGCUAGCCCUAUGGCCUUAUUUAUUUGAAAAGAUAAACAAAACUAAAGUGGUCUUUUCUGGAGAUAGUAUUCCUAUGAAGGAACGUGUUUUACUUAUGGCAAAUCACAGAACUGAGGUUGAUUGGAUGUACUUGUGGAAUCUUGCACUCCGAAAAGGAAGCCUGGGCUCCAUAAAAUACAUUCUUAAGAGCAGCUUGAUGAAGCUGCCUAUCUUCGGUUGGGGAUUUCACAUUCUGGAGUUCAUUGCAGUUGAGAGGAAGUGGGAGAUAGAUGAGCCAAUAUUGCUCAGUACGCUUUCCACAUUAAAGAAUCCUCAAGAUCCUCUGUGGCUAGCAAUUUUUCCGGAAGGAACUGACUAUACCGAAGAGAAGAGCAAAAGGAGUCAAAAUUAUGCAGCUGAAGUUGGACUUCCUGUGCUAAAAAACGUGCUACUUCCAAAAACUAAAGGUUUUUAUGCUUGCUUGGAAGUUCUACGAGACUCACUGGAUGCAGUAUAUGAUGUGAGUAUUGCGUACAAGAAUCAAUGUCCUUCUUUUCUGGACAAUGUCUUUGGGAUCGAUCCUUCAGAAGUGCAUAUCCAUGUUCGGCGUAUCCCAACUGAUGACAUACCAGCUUCUGAAACCAAAGCUGCUUCUUGGCUAAUGAAUGCGUUCCAGAUCAAGGACCAGUUGCUUUCUGACUUCUAUAUUAAAGGCCAAUUCCCGAACCAACUAAAUGAAAAGGAACUUUCUACGUUCAAGUGCCUGGUUACUUUUGCUGUGGUGGUUUCUUUGACUGCCGUAUUCACUUAUCUUACAUUUUUUUCUCUCAUUUGGUUCAGGGUGUACGUAGGCCUGUCUUGUGUAUAUCUUGCUAUUGCUACAUGUUUCAAACUUAAAUUGAUGCCACUUGCAGACCAUGUUAGUGCACUCUUUUACGGCAAGAAACAAAAGAGUGGAUAAUGAUCGCAUUUAUAAAUGCAAUAAACAUGGAUGAUGAUGAACCUGA